AUGUCUCCGCCGGCCGACCAUGUCCCCCACACGCCCGACCGCCGCUCCUCCACCCAGGCGCUCUUCACGGCCUUCCGCUCUCUGACCGGCGGCCGUCUGAAGAGCCCGACGCCGCCGCCCUCAGUCUCGUCCGCCACCAGCACGCCUGCGCGCACACCUUCGCUGGGCACCAUCCGACCCGGCUCCAUCCCUAGCCCGCACUCAGCCGACGGUACCCUUCAGCGCAUCAGCCAGGUCACAGGCCAGCGGACGGGCAAGCCUGUGACGGGCGGGCCUCCCGAGCUGCACGACCUGAUAGACCAGCUGCAGCGCAAUCGCCCGUUCGCCGAGCGCGUCGUGGCUGUGGACAAGAUAUGCGACAUCCUCGAGGCGUAUCCGGUGCAGAACAUACUGGCGUUGUGGUCGGUCGCAAGUGACCUGCUCCUGCCCGAGCAGCCAGACGAUGUCGCAGAGGCGGGGUACAGGCUUCUCAAGAGCUGCGCAUCGCUUUCCGACCUGGCCAGCAUCGAGCGCACUCUCUUUUUCGACGCCGCCUGUCUGCGCAAGAACGAUCGCUACUUCGACAGAAGGCUCGACGUCAUCGCAACCCUCACCAACGAUGGGCGCAACAUUGACUCUUGCGAGUCGGGCAUGGUCUCCUUCAUCCUGACCUCCCUCGAUAGCUGCUUCCAGGCCAGUUGCGAUGCCUUCCGCGGCCUGAGGGGCAAGUCCAACGGCAAGAGGAGUGCUGCCAAUCCUCCUCCAGAAGUCGCAAACAUGUUUCGCGCCUUCCAAUUUGCCACGGAUAUCUGCAAGUUCAAUGCCAAAGUCUUCACCGACGACGAUUUGGACCUCCUCGUACGACGCACCGUCUCCAUCUGCAGGGCCACGACGCAUCGCCCCGAUGUCGAAUGUGGCGUCAAGCUGUUCGAUACAAUAAUCACCUAUGUGCACAUACCUAAGCAAUCCCUGCGACCCUGUCUCGAAGUUCUGUGUGAAAUCCAUAAGAGGAUCACCGAUCUCCAGGAUCAAGCCUGGAACACGCUGAGCAACCUGUUCAAGUCCCAUGUCGGACAAGCUGCCAUUUCUGAAUUGCUGCAUCUGCUUCUAGAUGGCCCAUCCCGGGAGACUCUGGAAAACGAGAGUCUCAAGAAGAAACUAGACAGCAUGUACAGGGGCACUACUCUGGUGUUGCGCCUUCUGCUUCUGGAAGAUGGUCGCAACGAGCUGCCCAAGGUCCCCAUGUCCUUGCUCUUCCCAGCCCUGAAAGCUUCAAUCAGGACACCAGGCACCGACCAAGAGCAGAUAAUCAUAAGUCUGAUAGAUGCGGUUCUGGCCCAAGAAGGCAUGAGGGAUCUCUUGCUUGCUGAAAGUGACUUGGGGGACAUGCUGCAGGUCAUACGUGUGUGCGCCGAGCGUGACGACGAGCGUGUCAGCGCCAGAGCAUCCAGAUCAACAGAUCAUGCAAGCAGUGCGAAGAAGGACGUCCUUGAAAGACAAAUAUCACCUCAUGCAGACAGUCUGUCCAAUGCUGGCGGACCAGAGCAUGCCAACGAUGUCUCCGGGUUCUAUGAAAGAGAUGCAACAUCCCACCAGGAGCUCUUCCGACGUGAUCCAGAGGACGGCAUCUUUCAAGUUCUCGUCAAACUAGACCACAUCAGCGACGCACUUGACUUCAUCCAACGCGAGAGUGUCAUGGAGCUUUUCUUGCACCUUUCACACCGCGUAAGCGACGCGACCGCGGAUCGAGUGAUAGAGUACUUUGUAACCGGACGCUACCUCAAUCCUUCCCAUGCCGGCUGGUUUGACCUCUGCCAUCGACUGGUCGCUGGCAUCUUCAAUGACACCACACGGCCACGCUCGCUCCGACUGCUUGUGCUCCGAUCAUUACGGGAAACUAACCAGGCCGUCGAGAUGCUGUGUUCCAGCGAAACAGUAUCGCAGUCAGAAGAACUCCUUGUGGACCGGAUUGAAAUGGAAGAUGACAUCGAAGUUCUGCAGGAACUAGUAGAUUUCGCGGUGUACGUAGCUGAUCGAGAAUCGACCGCCCGGUUCUCCGAGAUUGUUCAAGUCUUGCAGCGGCGUCUGGACCGCCCACGGACUGCAUCUACACCUUCGCUACCGUCAUGGCAGUCUCACCAAUUUCUGUUCAAAGAAGAUGGAUGCUCCCCUUGUAACGUCAUCGCCACUGCCUAUGUACGGCUUUUCACUCGGAGCGUGACACAUUCGGCCCAAAAGACACGCAUCCUUUACGAGCUCCUAAGACAGAUUGCUGGAAGAGAUGCAUACGCGCAUGAUGCACGCCUUACAGCUCUCAAGUUACUCUUUCGUUUGCGCGCCGACGCUCGCCAUGCUUUGAUAGUUAGCUCUUCAUCGGAAGGUCAGCGGAUUGCCGCAGAGCUCUGCCGUACAGAGGAAACAGCUAUUGCGCCAGAAAAAUUUGAAGAUGGUCCAACAUCCGAUCACAACAGAUCAGAAGACAAUUCUUCGUGGCGGGACCAACGCAAAACCUCUGGUUCAAGUCCUCGUUCUUCUCUCAAUCGCCACACCGGCCGCUCGAAUGCCCCCGCGGGCCGCGUAUCAAAGCCGAUACCUCCUUUGUGGAUGUACCCUGGCCCCAAAGGACUUCCCGAGGAACCGCCAUCUGAAUCUAGUCGCGUCGUCUUCUCCCAUAUUGAUGCGGAGAAAUACCCUCUCAGCGAUGAUAUCCUGGACAUGGAAGUCACAUUGUGGCUGGAGUUGAUCAUUUCACUCCUACAGAGACCACCCGACUGGGAGAUUUAUAGCUACGUACUCGUUCAUCUUGGGCCUCAGCUCUCCAACCAAGCGUUGGUCCGCAGUUGUGUCGCCCAGCUCAAAAUGUUACGAAAUGUUCUCUGCGAACAAGUACGGAAUGCAAGCUUCCACGAACCACCACCGCACACGCUCCUGAAAAAGGCUGAUGUUGCCGUCUGCCUGUUUCAUAUAUUAACAAUCAUCAUCAGCUACCACGAGUACUUCGAAAAGAGCGAGGAAGAUGAUCUUGUGAAGGCCUUCCUACAAGGGAUCGUGCAGUGGGACAGAACGUCAAAAUGGUGCAUCCACGCACUUUCAGUCUGCUGUUUCGAAAUACCACUAUCGAUCAGCAAGUCACUCGAUAGCAUCGUCCAGAAAAUGUCGCAAAUCAUCACGAAGCCAGCUACAGCGAUACACAUAUUGGAAUUCCUCACCUCCUUGGCUCGUCUUCCAGAACUUUUCAAGAACUUCCGCGAAGACGAGUUCAAGCUAGUUUUCGGUGUAUGCUUCCGGUACUUACAACACAUACGCGACCAGCGUGACCGGACAGCGAACGGGCAUUCGCUACAAAGCGGGCAUCGGACAUUGCGACACAGCGGCGCAUCAAGAGACUUUGCGGCAUCGCCCGAUCUUGGGGCCAACAAGCCAAGAAGCGUCGAGGACGAUCUACCUCAGUAUCUAUAUUCCCUCGCGUAUUACGUCAUCACAUUUUGGUUCAUGGCGUUGAAGAUGGAGGACCGCCCAAAGCAGAUACCAUGGAUCACAAAGAAUCUACACUAUACCGACAGCUCCGGACGGCAAAUUAUGGAGGAGCAAGGACAGGUCAUUCUGGAUAUUAUGAACAUGGUAGCAUAUACAGAUCGCGAUGAAACAACACGCGAGGAAAGUUCUUUCAAGCCUGGCGAUGGAGAAGUCUGGAAGAAGACAUGGAUCGUUGGUAAUGCUCUUGUGACAAUAGAGACCGCUGCAAGAACCGGUGCCUCUGUUGUCACGACACGCCGACCGUGCGGCACCCGCUUUAUCAAAGUACGGCCCUUGAUCACGUCGCCACCACGACAUCAAGUUCCGAUCACCAUCGGCCUUGCUUCCCAAGCAUUCUACUCCAACACAUAUGUCGGCAUUCUGCCAGACGAUAUCUUCCAGUCAUUUUACGCCCCACUCGACCUGAGCAAUCCACCUAUUCCGUUACCCGAUGACGAGCCGACACGCCGUGCUAUUACUGUAUUCGACCGGAUCGCAACGGUAGACAACUACAAAAUAGGUGUCAUCUACAUCGGCGAGGGCCAGACGAACGAGAGAGACAUUUUCAUGAACGAUAUGGGAUCCCCAGCAUAUACUGCUUUCCUUAGUGACCUAGGUACAUUAUGCCGUCUGAAAGGGGCAAAGUUCAAUACUGGUGGUCUCGACACACGCGAAGACAGAGACGGCGAGUUCACCUAUGCUUGGCGGGACCGCUGCAUGGAGCUUGUCUUCCACAUUCCUACAAUGAUGCCGACCAACCCCGACGAUGACAUGACGUAUCCGAACAAAAAGCGGCACAUCGGCAACGACUUUGUCAACAUUAUUUUCAACGACUCUGGCUUACCUUACAACUUCGACACGUUCCCGUCGGCCUUCAAUUAUGUACAUAUUGUCAUUUCUCCAGAGUCAAGGGCCAGCUUUGUCGACCGUCGACUGGAUGCAGAUCCCGACGGCAGGAAUCGCUACUACAAGAUCCAGACCAUCUCAAAGCCAGGGUUCCCCGACAUAUCUCCUGCCGUCGAGACUAAAAUUCUUUGCGGAAAGUACCUGGCAGACUAUUGCCGCCUCAUGGCUAUUAACGCCGUUGUCUUUGCCAGCGUUUGGUACAUCCGCGAGGGUGGCGAUUCCAUAUCGUCCUGGCGUAACCGACUUCGCGAAAUCAAGCGUCUCCGAGAACGCUAUGGCGCAAAUGAUGCUCUACCAAGCCACCCACCACCUUCGUCGCCUGCAGGCAGUCAGGGACUGUCAAGUCCGCCGUCUCGCGAACAAAACCAAAUCUCGCCAUUCCAGCGCAUGAGUAUCGCGACGCAUAUCACUGAUGGGACUAGUCGCAGUUCCAUUAGCAGCUCUUCGCAUGACGUUUGA